ACCGACUUGAGUCCUUUCACCGACUCCAAGUCAACGACUGCGAAACAUAACCCUCUCUCUCCACAAAUUGCCUGCGUGCUGCAUAAGUUCAAGUAGAAGCUAAACCACCAAGACCGUUCCAGAGGCUACUGUCAUUCAAACAUUCUUCAACAUGCCUAGGUUUGACGAGUGGAACCUAGUUGAUGAAGAGGAAGAAGAGGAACUGCAGGAAGCCUGGUAUGAAGGGAAAAGAGAUGUCAUUCUCUUUGCAAUUGACUGCUCGGAGUCCAUGUUUGAAAUGCAUGAUGAUCCCAACUACGAAGACACUAAGACAUGUCACGUUCUAACUGCCCUGGAAGCUGCCAUGCAGAUUCAGAAGAAGAAAGUCAUCGUGGGCCCUAAUGACGCUGUUGGAAUCAUGAUGUUCAACACUACCAGGAAGAACGAAGCAGGUGGACAAGGUGCAGAUAUAAAACAGAACAAUUUUGUAUUUCAGCCGAUAGAGACGGUGAACGCGCCGAAGAUUCAAGAGCUCAUUCAAUUGCUGGACUCCGCCCGCGAGGACCCCAAUCUCCUUAAAGAAACCUUUCCUUCAUCUGACAAACAUGUACCCAUGGGAGAUGUAUUCACCAGUUGUAACUGGAUCAUGCGUGACGGCGCACCGAAGACAGCCACUAAGCGAAUAUUUUUGAUCACGGAUGAAGAUGACCCGAACUCUGGCCCUGGGCGAGAACGCCUGCUCACCUCCGCUCGAACAACGUUGAUUGAUUUGACUCAAGCUGGCAUCAUGGUUGAACCAUUUUUUAUUAGCACCGAAGAGAGACCCUUCGAUCAGACGAAAUUCUACUCGUCCGUUCUCUUGCCGAACAACCUAAAUGGUGAUACAGGCGACCCAUCUGUCUUGCCGGAAUCGAUUUCGAUCACCCGUAUCGACGACCUAUUGGCGCAGAUGCGUUUUCACGAGGUUCCAAAGCGCGCGUUGUUUAGCAUUCCGUUCGAGUUGGCCAAUGGGUUUGUGAUUGGCGUCAAAGGGUAUGGUCUAGUCACCGAGCAAAAGAAAGGCACAUACCGCUAUUUCAUGGACCUCGAGGACAGGAUGGAAGUUGCAGAAUCGCGAACGCUGUAUGUUGACGAGGACAAGGAAACAGAAGUACCUAAGUCGAAGAUCGUAUAUGGCAUGGCUCUCGGCGAGACCGUUGAUGCUAAAGUCGCCGACAUUGAGUCCAGCACAGGGGUCCUGACAAGACGUGUGCCUAUUCACUGCAAAGUAUUCUACACGGCAGAGGAAAUCAGGUCAUUCCGGACGCUUGGCUUGCAACCAAAGAUCAAACUCCUUGGAUUCAAAUCGCGCCGCUCACUAGGCUUCGAAGAUAACAUCAAACACUCGAUUUUCAUAUACCCGGACGAGAUGAGUUACUCCGGCAGCAAACGCACAUUCAGCGCAUUGCUGAAGACUAUGAUCAAGAAAAAACGGAUAGGUCUGGUGCUUACCUUGACCAGACGUAAUUCGUCACCCAUAUUCUGUGCCCUUUUGCCUCAGGCUGAGAAGGCUGAGGAAAGUGGCUGGAGUGAACCAGCUGGAUUUCAUCUCAUACCGCUCCCUUUCGCCGAUGAUAUUCGGGCCGCUCCUAUCGAGACGGGGUACCGGGCUUCCGAUGAUCUGAAGGAUAUUGCACAUAAAUGGAUACACAAGAUGAGCGUCAAGAAUGGGUCUUAUCCUCCGGAUUCAUAUCCCAAUCCUGCUCUUGCAUAUCACAAUGCUCAGUUAGAAGCAAGUGCCUUCCGGGACGAAUUCGAUCCCGAUUCGUUUGAAGAUCACACCCUACCUAAACUUACCACAAUAACCAAGCGAGCGGGACCACUGUUGAAGGAGUGGAGACAAACCUUGAUGAAAGAGGAGGCUGCCAACGUCGUAGUCCUCCCAUCUGAUGGAAAGAAACGCAAAGCAGAGGAAUCGGUUGAUGAGAAGAACCUACGCCAACUAUACAAGAAUGGUGAACUGCACAAAUUACGCGUGGAUCAGCUGAAGUCCUCGCUCAUCUUGCACUUUUCUAGACUUUCUGCAAGAGCAACGCGUUGUCGAUUUCUGGCAAGAAAGCGGAUCUGAUUGACCGGGUCGGGGAGUACCUGGAUACACAUUCAGCCGAGCAUGGCAUAACGUGUUGACACGCUUAUUCGUUCUCGUCAACGACACUAGAUGCCUGUUCGAGCUAAACUUCAUGGGAAACGAUAGUCUUCGGAUUAUCAUAGAAUGCUUCUUCGGUCCCGACGGGCAUCCAUGUAAUAUUUUCCAGAACGUGUUCCUGCUGGUUCGUUCCUCUACGCUUCGCAUGUAUCUGUACCUUCAAUCUAAUCAUACCUUUUACGUAUCAACGUGGACGAGGCUAAUUUCAGACACGGGUGUUCGACCUGCUCUCCGGGGUAUGAUGUGAGACCAGACUAAGGAGAUGAAUCUCAGCAGAACGACACCUUGGGAAAAUAUCAAGGAUUUACCCCUGAAACCUUAUUGGGCUGCCGAGGCCAAGGCUGCGGGUCGAAUGGCAUUGCUAUCCAUACCCCAGGGACAGGCUGUAGCCCAAAAUCAUGAACGCAACAGGAUGUCGGAUUUCACGCGUCCUUUCGCUCUCUGUGAGACCAGGAGAGAGUAUUAUGCGACUUUCGUUCUUUGGCAAUGUCAGCCCUCUGGGCGCAAUGCGCUAUAUACUAAGUUACCAGUAGUCGGGGCCGCACACAUGAGAAUAGCUUACGUUUUGUUUCAGGCGGAUUCCAUGGGAUCCAUAUGGGCCGGCAUCACGAGAACUGGUCGUCGCCACUGUCGGUGGUAACUUCGUUACUUUGGACGAGCAUUGUGGCGCGAGAAUCCAAGCUGAGGACGAGAAGUCUUUAAUGAUCCUCGAAAUUUUAAUUUAUCCCUGCAGAGC